UCGUUUCUCGCUCGAUUCGGAUCGAAACUGUUGGGUUUUAUUAUCUCCACAUCAUCACAAUAAUUAUUGUCGAAAACAGCCUGUCGUCCAUUCGUUCUUUCCAGGCCUUGGCGGUCGCAAUGUUCCGGCCGGUUUAUUUCUCCGGAAGGGUUCGCUGGCUACACUUUCUAACUUCGUUGGUGGUAUUUUGUAUACUCUUAUCCACAGUGCGGUUCUACCGGCCACCACAACGAGCGCCAAGCAUUUACGACUAUACCGAUGGAAAAACAGUAGGGACAUGGUUAAAUGAAACUUCCAAAGGUCCUUCAUACACGGACGAAGUGCUAUAUCUAAAGGAUUUGGCAGACCGAUAUGGGCUGACGAAAGAGGUUCCGUGGUUUUCCAGGAGAAUCCGGGCAGCAUAUAAAUCGCCCUCAAGGAGUAGUAUGACGGAUUCUGGUAUGAAAUUCAUGCCGCACGACUUUCAGCGGGUCAGACCCGGGGACGAAGCCCUCGAAUUGCACGCCGAGAAGACUGUGCAGCUCUUACUCAGCCAAUCCAUGACCCCGGACCAGGUAGACGCUUCACCGCUCAUCUUCGGGAUUUCAACGUCCUACAGUCGACUUAGGUAUUCGAACGACUCUAUGAUUCACGAUUGGGCAAGAUGGCUCACUGACGGUAAGGGGCGCACUAACGGCGCCAGCCUGGUUCUCACGCUGCAUCGAGCCAGCAAUGCAGAAGUGGGACUGAUAGAUGCAAGGUUGAGGGAGACGGGCAUUGACGCUACGGUGCUAGCUGCCAAUGAUAACUCGGACGUCACAACGCGGUACAUCGAGCUCAUGCACAUGCUGUCUCGUCGCAAUGAUGAAGUGUCAAAGGAGGGUCAUGGGAAACAGUUCCUCGCCCUGGUGGACGAUGAUGUCUUCUUCCCAUCCCUUGGGAAGCUAAUAGGCAAGCUGGAGAAGUUCGCCAGGAAACCGCAAGUCUAUCUCAGUAUCCCCAGCGAGCGCGCCGACUGGACCACCGAAGAUAACAUAACCAUGACUUAUGGUGGAGGCGCUGUUUUCGUUACUAUUCCGAUGGCGGACAAACUCGCGCAACUACCCUGUCUCAGAGAAGAUGGUGAACACCAUGGUGAACUCAAAGCCCGCGAAGAUACAUAUUGGGACGAGCAUCUGUACAAAUGCGUCUCUCAGCAUACGGACGAUAGUCUUCACGUAUUGCCUUCCUUCUACGUACCCGAAGAUGACUAUGCCGGCCUUCGUACUGGGUUUGAGGGCGGUGUGCAACCACUUGCUCUACAUCAUUACAAACACCGGCACCGCUUUGAGCCAUGGAAAGCCCACAUGAUCGCCAGCGUUUGCGGAGAGAACUGUCUUCUUCAGCGCUUCUGGUUCAAAGACUCAUGGAUCCUGGUCAAUGGGCAUACGAUCUCGCAUUACCCAGAUGGAGUUGAAAUAGUUCCUUUAAAGGAAAGCUCGCGGCUUGUGACACAGCAGAGCAAGGAAAAGGGUCGGAACGUGCAAAUCGCCACACGUCUCAUCAUCGAUCCAGUAGAAGGUAAGGACGAGAGGAAGGUUGUCAGCUGGGUGGGCGUUAAACAGACCUGGAGGCUGCUGGAUGCACAUAUGACGGACAAGGGGGAAGUCUGGCAAGCUUACAUCAAGCGCCGAGGAAGCACUGUAAGCUAUGGAGAUGAAGACGAUCGAUUGCCCGGUGACACGGUGCACACCCAAGAAGGGCCAAGUGACGUAGAUUCCAUAAUUGUGCUCAUAUGGGAGCCAUGAUCUCUAGCAACCAAUGUUGAGAUAAACUUGAAAUGUGAUGUUAAAAAGGAACACAUACGAUACCUCCAGACCGGUAAAUAGGCUUUAAUUGUGGAUGUUCAAUCGUCACUGGAAAAUCA